UAGACUAUUGCUAUCCAAACGAUUCAAAACAUCAGUCGCAUCUUUGAAUUCAACGCGGAAAGUCGCUUUAGAAUGCGACAGUUAUAUUUCAAAUAGAUACAUUUUAUGGUGAUCGUAUCAAAUGAGAUUGGUCGAUCGAACGAAUUUUGAAGAAGAAAAAAAAUAAAAAGUGAUUUCAUUCAUUUUUUUACUGCAUCCGCGAAAAGUGAACAUUUAAAAAUCCUGACAAAUUUUUUGUAUUAAUGAUCGUGACUUUCGGUUUAAAAACAAAACGAGAAAAAAACUUGAAUUUAAAAAGAUUUCAGCAUACAAGUUCAACGCAUUUAAGUGGUAAUAUCGAUUGAAAGUUUAAAAGAAAGCAAAGGAAAUUAGUGAAACGUCGUCGUUGAUUGUGUGUAUCACAACAACCGUUGAACCACCCGCAAACUACACAACAACUACAGCACCGAAGCAAACACAUAAAAAAACAAAUGUGGAUAUUGUUUACAUCUCUUACAAACUAAUUGCUCCAAUUGAACAACGAAACCAAAAAUUUUUUUAACUUGGUUCUUGCGCACUGUACAAAGUUCCUAAAUUAAAAAUCGUCGAUAUCGGGGAUCAACCGAAAAAAAUGACGAAAGAGUCAAAAAUGGGCCACGACAAUCAUGCAAUGUCAGAGUCAUCAGUUACGCUGAAUAUGCCACAGGAACCACGAGGAAGCAAUCGUGGAAGCAAUGAAUUUAUACUGGUGAAAAAUGAAGAAGACUCAUCAUGCUGUGACUUCCGAUUGGGUGCAUGGAUCGAAAGGAAAGUGAAAAGCGCAUGCACCAAAAAAGUACUAUAUAAACGUUUACCCAUUUGCAACUGGCUUCCAAAAUAUUCAAGUGAAGACUUUGUUGGUGAUUUAGUGGCUGGUAUCACGGUUGGCCUAACUGUAAUUCCUCAAGCCCUUGCCUAUUCUGGCAUUGCUGGUCUCGAUCCAGCAUACGGACUAUACGGAUCAUUCAUGGGAUGUUUUGUUUACAUAAUCCUUGGUUCGUGCAAAGACGUUCCCAUGGGUCCGACGGCAAUUGCGUCGCUUUUAACAUUCCAGGCGGCAAAAGGUGUUUGGCAAAAAGCGGUACUUCUCUCGCUCUUAACUGGUUUUGUUGAAAUCCUGAUGGGCGUUAUGGGAUUGGGCUUUCUCUUGAAUUUCGUUUCGGGUCCCGUUAGUUCCGGCUACACUUCUGCCGUGGCAUUGAUUAUAUUGACGUCACAAGUGAAAGAUAUUUUCGGAAUAAAAGCCAAAGGAGCAACGUUCGUUGAAUUUUGGUCAUCAAUUUUCGAAAAUAUAGACAAAAUGCGAAUAAACGACACACUGAUGGGCUUGUCAUGCAUAGUUGUAUUGUUGUUGAUGCGCUUGUUGGUGACGAAACAAAUCGGACCCAAAGAGGAUCAAUUGAAAUCACGAUGCCAGAUAAUCGUUAACAAACUGAUUUGGCUUAUUGGCACAGCAAGGAACGCUAUUUUAGUGGUUUUGACUGGCAUGAUUUCAUAUUUAAUGCAUCAGUCACACCGAAGUGCUGACCUACAAGUGAUUGGAACAGUUCCGGCAGGUUUACCAGAUUUCCAAGUCCCACCAUUUUCAAUCGCAGAAAUUCGCAAUGAAACGACCGGCGAAGUUAUCCAACAAGGCGAAUCAUUUACGGAAAUCGUUUCAGAAAUGGGUUCAUCACUUAUUGUGAUUCCAUUAAUUGCACUUCUCGAGAAUAUUUCCGUUUGUAAAGCAUUUGCAAAUGGCAAAUCGGUCGACGCAACCCAAGAAUUGUUAGCAAUCGGUACAUCGAAUAUUGUGAAUUCAUUUGUUCAAGGUUAUCCAGGGACCGGGAGCUUUUCAAGGGGGGCCGUAAAUAAUGCCAGUGGCGUUCGAACACCUUUGGGCGGACUAUUCACUGGAUUGAUUGUCAUUUCAUCACUAUUUAUGACACCACUUUUCUAUUACAUUCCGAAAGCAGCACUCGCAUCAAUUAUUAUUGCAGCCGUUGGAUUUAUGGUGGAAGUAAAAGUCAUCAAACCAAUGUGGCGCAGCAAAAAAACCGAUUUGAUCCCAGGAUUGGCCGCUUUCGUUGCAUGUCUAGUAUUGCCAUUGGAAAUCGGCAUUUUGGCUGGCAUUGCAAUCAAUGUCAUUUUCAUUUUAUAUCACGCUGCUCGGCCAAAGAUCUCAAUUGAAUUCCUAUCGACGUCUGUCGGCUCAAAGUACUUAAUGUUAACACCAGACCGUUGUCUUAUUUUCCCAUCCGUUGAUUAUGUUAAAAAUUUAGUGAAUAAGUUGGGUGCUAAGUCUCAAGUUCCCGUUGUCAUUGAUUGCACACACAUUUAUGGUGCUGAUUACACAGCUGCUACGGUCAUCGAAACAUUGGUGUCCGAUUUUACGGCACGCCAUCAAAUGCUGAUAUUUUACAAUCUAAAACCAAGUGUUGGACAAGUGUUUGAAGGUGUUGACACUGAUCUGAACGUCCAGUACGAAAUCACAGCAUUAGAAAAAGUGAUUGAUGAACGCAAAGUUUAAAUCAUAAAUCGAAUUUCAUUCCAUGUAUUUGUAUAAAAAUAAAUCAUUAAACUUAAGAUUGAUUGCAUUAGGUUCUAAGAGAAAAAAAGUAUUAUUUCGAUGUAAGAACCAUUAUUGUUAGAAUUUAAAGAAAGAUAAAUCAUUGGUUAUGUUUACAACAUGAUUUAAUAAAUAUUACUAGUACAAACAGAGA